AGCAAGAAUCCUUCUAGAAACAGCGCUUCAUGCAGAUCAACGGACACGCAGCGUCCGAUUGAAAGCAAAGUUAAUUUUCACCACUUAAAUUAAAAACUACAGAAGACAGUUUCCUACGGUUUCCUCAAGGACAGCGAUGGACAUCAAUGAACUGAUCACCGGUCUUGAGAGUGAUCUUAAAGAGAUCACGAGUCUGCUGGAGAAAUGUGAACGCCAGCGCGUACGGGACGUGUUAACGCAAGAGCAGAAGAAAAUAGAAAAAGAGCUGGCACAAAAACGACAGCAGAAACUGCAGCAAGCCAAGAAAGACUCUGGAGACAAAACGGACACAACACUCAAAGGAUACACAGUCAAAAUUAAUAAUUACGGAUGGGACCAGUCUGAGAAAUUCGUCAAAAUCUACAUCACACUUAAAGGAGUACAUACUAUUCCAGCUGAAAAUGUCGAUGCCACCUUUACAGAGAGAGGUUUUAAUGUUCUAGUCAAAGAUCUGGAUGGGAAGAACCAUCAAAUGACAGUCAACAAUCUUUUAUAUCCCAUUAUUGUAGCUGACAGUAGUAAAAAGAUAAAAACAGACAUGGUCCUUGUUAUGUGUAAGAAGAAGUCAACAAAAAAGUGGGACUGCUUGACACAAGUAGAAAAAAAGUCUAAGGAUAAAGACAAACCCAACUUGGAUGAGAACGCCGACCCAAGCGAGGGGCUGAUGAGCGUGCUGAAGAAGAUUUACACUGAUGGAGAUGACGAGAUGAAACGCACUAUCAACAAGGCCUGGGUUGAGUCGCAAGAGAAGAAGGCCAAAGCAGAUGAUUUUGACUUUUGAGUCAGAUUAUUGAUGCUUUCACACGAAGCACUAACCGUCAGCUGCUGCAUACAUGCCAUUCCAAUUUGUUUGAGUUGUUUUAUGUAUUUUUGUACUUUUUUUCUGUUAAAUGCAGCUGUUACUGAAGGUUUUGUUUCAUAAUGUGUUUUCAUUUCCAUUGAUAUUUUGACUGUUCAUACUUUAAAGUUGCUCCACAUUGUAAACAAAUGUUUGGUAAAUGUUCAGUCAAUGUUAUUGCGUUUGAUACCAUGUACCUUAACUGCGAACAAUGAAAAGAAAUGAAAAAAAGUCAUUUAUUGCUUCUGGUGGUGAACAAAUUAAAUAUUGCUGUCAUGCAAUAUUACUAUCAUCAUCAUGGAGGUACCACAGUGUAUCUAAGCUAAAUAAACUGCGGAUGUAAUAAAAACCAGUGUUUGUUAAUUAUAAUUUUAA